AUGUCUUCUGGCGCUGAUGUUUGCGAUAGCUAUGCCAGGCACGCCAAGCACGUCGAUCCCUUCUCGGCCUUUCCGGCUGCUGUCGGUGGACGACGCGAUGAGGUUUUGCUGAUCAUGGAGGAGACCGGUCUGCAUGUGACCAAGCCCAUAGCAGCACCUAACGUUGGGCAAUUCUUUUUGUUGAUCGUUUUCGAGCUGCUUUCUGGUUCUGGCAUCCGUUCUGUUUUGCAAGGCAGGCCAAUUGGCAAGUGGGGCAAGUGGGCAGGUGGACUGCCAAGAUUCGACAUUUUCCCUCAUCCCUGUGCGGCAGCAUGCGAUCCGCAUGCAGAGGACAUGGCCGAACGCUUGGCUGCUGCCCUCAACGCAGCUAUUGUCAAUAUCCGCCAGCGACUGGGCAAAACGCAGCUGCUGUCUACAGGUGAGUAUACGAAGGCAGGAGAUGACCGUCUCGUUCUGACCCUGGAAGCUGUCGAGUGGGGAUUUGUCCACACCUUGGAGGUCAAUCGAAGUGACGCAGACUUGUGCUGUGGUGGCAAGACUAAGUCCCGCAAGCACAUUGGCGAAGCUCUAAAGACGAAUGAUCAUCACCUCCGGGUCUUUGCCACUCCGGAGAUUGCGACCGUGCUGUUCAAGCAGGGAGCCAUGAGCGAUGGUUCCUUUGCAGGCUUUGUGGCUGAGGAGUACACUGAGUUCGUCAUACAGUCUGCGAUUCUGCAGUUUGUUUUCGAAGGCAUUUGGGCUCAGGGUGCUGCGCUGUCCCUGCACUCCUCCGACUAUGCAGUGCUCAUGACGGACCGAGAUGCCCUGGAUGGCCGGAGCUACACCAGGCACUUUCAUGGCCCUUGGCCUCAUGGGCUCCGAUUGGAUGGUCCAGGCGAUGCCAAGUUCCAAAGCUGUUUCAUCUCCUGCGUGCCUAUCCUUGGCAGGCUGCUGGAUGAAACAGGAAAGCGCAUCCACAUACCGAGCCUCGUUGAGUCUGAUCUGGCACGGCGUUAUGAGAUUGGAGCAGUCUUUUGGCACUCGCUCGCCGACACCAACGGCAAGCUCAAUGUGAGCGCCUACGACCGUCGCAUGAAGCCGAGCCGGCACGAGUCCGCCCAGCAGGCGUUCUACAAUGACGUGAAUGCAUCCGAGGCCUUCCCUCAAUGCCUCAAUGCCUCAGUGUCUGCGUGGAGAUGUGUGGAGGUAUACGAAGAUGGCUAUCCUUCGGACCGCAUCAUCUGGAUUGUCGACUUUGUACAGGAAAGACUCUACACAAAGGAAGACGCCGAUCCAAGCUUGUUCAGUGCCUAUGAAAGACAGGUGCAGCCUUGGAGCUCCGAGGCCUUCCUGAUGUUUGUUGUGAUGGUUUUCGUUGUGCCAUUUCAGCUCGCUCCUCCAGCUGCCUGUGGCGCGAAAUGUGCCUUGGUGGACAUUGCUGGCGCGCUCGGAGCCUUUGGACAAGCCUUUGCUUCUGCCGGGAUAAAAGCCAUGUUGCAGUACUUCCUGGCAGACACUCUGAAGCAGUUCCUGCCGCCAAACCGGGACACCUUCACGGCGAUGCAACUGGCACCAGACGACAUCAAGUAUGUUGGGUAUCUGGCUCCAGACAAGGAGAAGAGUCCAAUCAGGUUGACGGAGUGGGUCGUCCUUGGCCCCGUCAGUGAGGUCAUGAAGUAUGACUUCAAGAAUCAAUGUGAGGUCUAUGCCGUGAAUCCGUGCUUCAGGCAGUGGCAAAAGGACGUCGACAAGGUGAUUCCGCUCAAAGAUAUACACGUUGGGGUCGUCGCCUCUGGCACGGCUAAACGCCUGGGGAAGAAGAUCUUCAUCCAGGGCCUCGCGCAAGUGUCUGCUGCCCUCACAGCUGAUGGCCGCGCUAUUUUAGUCUGCGAUGAAGAGGAUGAGGAAGUCCUCGGUGGAAAGCUGGAGGACAUAUUGGAGGCUCAGGAAUGGAAGGCUCAAAGCCAGUGCCUGCGAUUGUGUGUUCUGCACACGCACGACGUCCCUGAUGUCGGUGAAGUCCAAUGGCUGCAGAACAAGUCGUCCCCUUCUUGUCCAGACUGA